CAAAAAUAGCUGGACGUGCGAAUAUUUUAGUUUUUGAUGCGCGUUUUUGUGUUGACCACAGCGCGAAUAGAUUUUACGCCCCGCAAUAACAACCACAACAAAAACAACUUCAAAAUCAUUUUAUUUACUACAAAACGGCAUUUCAGCUGAUAUAUUUUUUGGAAUUGUUUUCGUCGUUUUUUUUUCUUGACACGCUUCGAUUUCUGUAUAUCGUGGAACGCGCAUUCGGCGCGCGCAUUCUCUCUUUCUCUACCUGUUCCCAUGUCAUUUUACACAGGCGAAAGCGUUUUAAGACACCACUCGCGCCGCAAUUCUCGUGUCCGAACACACUUGACUUGGUUCGUUCAAUACGAGUCAGCACAUAUAGAAAGAAGGUUUCGUAUGGUAUAAACAAGUAGCAAUACGCGGCGUUGUCGUUGUCGUCAUCAACGUUGUCGUUAUUGUUAUCGUCCAAAUCGAACUGAACGUGUGCGACCGAACGAUUUAGUCUAUUCAAAGCGUUCGACCGCGUCGCUUGGGUCUGUGAACCAUUGACUAUGUUUUAAAAUAUUCACUGUACGUUAUUAGCUAGAAAAGUGUGUGAUCGGCCAAUAAAUAAAGUUGCAUAUUUGGUGCGGGCGUAUUAGAAUAUCUAAAUGCGUUUGAUUUAAAGGUUAAAGAGAUAACUUUGGGAUUCUAAUUUGCAAUUCACACAUUCAGUCUUUUUUGUUCGGAUGAAACUAACAACACAGUGGAUUUAGAGACACGUUCUAUACUCUUGAUAAUAUCCAUUUGGUUGAUCGCAUCAUUUGUUGAUUCGUGUUAUCGAUGCCAUAACCGUGAUGUUGCUAUCAAAACGUUUUCCAGUUUACGUAGCCAGUGAAAGCAAGUGUUAUAUGCAUAGUAGGCUUAUCGACUGAGAGAAAAAACCAAUCUGCUAAUUGAACUUCGAAUAAAGUGUAUAAAUAAAUAUCAACGAGUUACGAUAUUUCCAAAUUGUAAAAUAGCAGCUAAACCAAACUCUGACAGCAACAGCAAACGAUAUUCAUGUGACGUUUUGCGUGUUAAUGGAUCAAUAACAACAAGAGCCACCAAAUCUUUUUUAAUUGCAAAUAACUCACGUAAGUAUGUGAAUUGGUAAAUUCAUCAAUCGAUUUUAUGGCUAACGGGCGUCGAAUUAUGAUAAUCUAUUCAACGAUAUGACUUAUUAAUAAAAAAAAACGAAGAUACAACUGAGGAAUGGGCAAAUUUACAAAUGUUUUACAUGUGCGACGAUGAGCACGACGAUAAUCGUACAACAAUCAAGACGCCAAUGUUUACCGUUCGUAAUUGCAAAGGUUGAAUGUCAACGCAUUAUCAUUCAAAUGACAUUUUAAACUACAGUGAACCAAAAUAGACAGGAAGAAAGAAAGGAACAAAAACGAAAAAAAGAGAAAAAAAAUCAAUAGAAAAAAGUAGCUUACUCGCAGCAAAGCGAAAAAAUUUUUUUUAAAGAGAAUUUUAUUCAAUGAAAAACAUUUUUUCGUGUGUGUCCUGGAAUCAAAUACGGAUAAUAAAUUAGCGAUUGGAACUGAUAUCAAUGAGAUUGAAUUACGCAUUCACGUGUUUGUACAUGGGAAUUGAAUGAAAUCGGCCUCAAAUUACCAGUUUCAUUAAACUUUUUAAUCGUACACAAAACGUUGUCGGUGCACAAAUGGUUCAACGUUGAGUGAAAAAUGAAAUUCCAUUAAAAAAAGUCUCGUCAUAUUAAUUUUUUGCUCAUUGUUUUUUCCGUUGCUUCUGCGGUUGUUGUUCCGUUGAUUGACAAUAAUCAUUCAGUUAUAUUUGAGUGUGCAUAAUUGGCAAAUAUUGUGACAGCGUGCGCACUCGCUGAUUUGGACGAAUUCCAUCACAACGGGUCACGUUUUAUUGUUGCUGUUCCUUAUUCACUACGGGUACGGUAAACUCGUUCAAAUUUUAUUCGAAACUAAACACGUACACGUAAGAAAAAUAAGACAUAAGGUGCUCGCGAUCAACGUUUCACGUCGGAAUAAAUGUGCGGCGAAGGCAAAAAGAAAGAAAGAUUUGUUCAGUGAAAGGAACGUUUCGUAAUCACUAAAGAUGAAAAAAAGUAGCUAAUUUACCGAAACUAAUGGAAAUGUGCUGGAUAUGGAUAAGAGUAAUGAUUGUUUUUCUUCUCGCUGGUGCUACAGUAUUACGGGCCGAACGCUGUUUGACAUCGAACGACCGACGAGACACUCGAGCCAAAUUGGCGUCGGCAUACGGUGACGAAAUUGUCAUUCAAGUAUCCAAUAACGUGCUGCAUCAAAUUAGCUCGCGUGUAUUUGGUAUACUCGCUCGAGAAAUUCUAAACUACAAUGUCGUCUAUGAGGACAUUCAAUUCUCACAAGAUUCCAUGCAAUUGAAUGAAAAAGAGAAACUCUUCGAAACACUCGAACAAAUUAGAAUGUCACGUCGACCAGUAUUAAAUUUAGGUGUUUGGAUGCCAGCCGACUAUCAUAUGCCACCACCUGGUGUUGAAAUGGUGGGUCGUUUUAGCACCGGACGCUUUGGAUGGUUCAUACCGAAGAAACUCAUUAGUAAUUUGCCAGAAGACGGCUCAUCACCAAUCAUUCCGUAUACAGUGUUCAAAAAUAACAAAGCCACCGAAUUCAAUCGAUUCGUUUUUGACGAACGCAUUUUGAAACAAGUUGAAUCAGAAGCAGAGUAUAUACCAGACCAAUGUCAAAGUGAAAAAUGUGUAACAUUAUUGUCGGGUCAUCAAGAAGACACGUUUUUUGUGACCGAACACAUUGAUGAGUUGAAAUUGCAUGUGAAAAUUAUCUGGUUUGGUGAUAAUCUACGAUACGUGACACGAAAAUUGCUCAAGCAAUUCAGUGAUAAGCGAUCGCCACAAUACCGUAAAGCAUUUGUUGUUGUGCAUUGGACACCAUCCGAGAUAAUUGAUGUGGAUAUCGAGUAUGAGACAAUAACCAUGCCAAAAUGCGAACAGUUCAGUAGCGAAGAUAGUAAAAAUACAAUGUGCAAAUAUGAAUUGACACCGAUUCUGAAGUACAGUUCGAAAUUGUUGAAAAAAUCCACGCCCGUCUAUUCCGUGUUCAGUAUUAUCAAUUUUGAGCGUAAAAAUGAAACGCACCUACUACAAAUGUAUAAUAAUAUGACCGAUUUGCAAAAGCCAAUGCCACCAUCGGAAGUAAAAUCUGAUAACAGCCAUAAUGAUAACCGUGUCGACGAUAAAAUAUUAAAUAACGCAAGUGAUAAAACAAAAUUGUAUGAUGAAAUUGCGUGCAGAUUUGUCAGAGAAAAAGAGCAAAUUUUCCGUGAUUUGGCGAAUUUGCCGGGGCAAACAACGCGAGAGAAGCGACAAGUUUUUAUCGGCGGUAUCUAUCCAAAGCAAGAAGAAGCGGAAAAUGAACACUUUGGCAUAAAAAGUGCCGUCAAACUGGCUCAAAAAGAUAUCAAGAAAAAUGGAACCAUUUUGCCAGAUAUUGACCUGGUGGUGAUCGACAACAACGAUGGCUGCCAUUUGGACACGGUGAUGCGGACAUUUAUCAACUACUACGUUCGACCGGAUGGUGUCUUAGGCGUGCUUGGACCACCUUGCUCUGAAACAGUUGAACCAGUCGCAAGUUUGUCGAAGCACAUUCACAUGGCCGUUAUUUCUUACUCAGCAGAAGGUGUUUCUUUUAAAGACCGCGAAAAAUAUCCAUAUUUCUUUCGAACAAUCGGAGAAAAUCGACAAUAUGAACAUGUUUAUGUACAGCUACUGAAAGAAUUAAAUUGGCAUCGGGUCGUUGCUUUCACCGAAGACGGACAAAAAUACACCGAAUACAUUUCACAAUUGGAGAAUAAACUGAAAGAUCAUGGCAUCGAAUUAACCAACAAAAAAUUUUCAAAAUACUUUAGCCCAAACAAAAUGAAGAGCUCGCUGUUGGACUUGAAGAACAAAAACUCAAAUAUAAUUAUCGCUGAUAUUUACGACGAACAAGCCGGAGUGGUCCUUUGUGAAGCGUACAAAUUGAAGAUGUCAGCAAAGUAUGGCUAUGUUUGGUUCCUUCCGAUUUGGUUGGAUAAAAAUUCGAAAGAAAUUUAUGAGUCGACCAAUGUUAAUUGCACAAAAGAACAAAUAGACGAGAUGUUGGAUGGUCACUUUUCCUUAGCGCAUCAAUCGUAUGCUGCCGAACAGUCAGUGAUGGAAACAAAUCACACGGUUGGUGAAUGGAAAGAAACAUACGGCCAUUCGAAUAUUUCCCAUUAUGGUGGUUAUGCAUACGAUGGCGUAUGGGUAUAUGCAUUGGCUUUAGACAAGUUGAUCAAAGAGUCUCCGAAUAAUUUAGCGACACUUCACACACCAGCCACAACUGAACGAUUCAUAAAGAUAAUUGCGGAAACGGAUUUUAGUGGUGUAUCUGGGCGUAUACAGUUCGGUGAAGGUGGAUCGCGUUUCUCAAAUAUCAAUGUGUUGCAAUGGGUGAAUAAUGAGAAUCGAAUAGUUGGCACAUUCGAACCGAAAGUCUCUGAAUCGAAUGGUACCCGAAUCAUUCAAGGCGGAAAGUUCAAUUUCAUUUCAUCAAAUAUCACCUGGUUAACGCCAAAUGGUGCUAUUCCACACGAUGGCACGAAUGUGUGCAGUGUUAGUGGUCUCGCCAAUUUGCUUGGUUUCGAUUGUUCACAAACAUUGCUCCUCAUAACAGCAUUGUUGUGCUCUCUGCUGGUAAUACUGGUAUCGGGCGCUUCGUUCAUAUUCUGGAAGAGACGAUAUGAUAAGAAGCUCAAAGCGUCUGCAAAGUUAAUGAGAAAUUUCGGCAUCGAUUUACUUUCAAUGUCGCCGGUGCAUUCAAAUACCCUGGACAAAUGGGAAAUUUCAAAAGAUCGAAUUGUCAUCAAUCGUCGAUUGGGAGAAGGUGCGUUCGGUACAGUUUAUGGUGGUGAAGCGCAAAUCGGUGAUCAAGGUUGGACGGCUGUGGCUGUGAAAACACUGAAAAAAGGCUCCAACACCGACGAUCGACUGAAUUUUUUAUCCGAAGCCGAGGCUAUGAAAAGAUUUGAGCAUUCGAAUGUGGUCAGUCUGCUUGGCGUUUGUCUCCAAACCGAACCGAUCUAUGCCGUUAUGGAAUUCAUGCUGUACGGUGAUUUGAAGACGUUUUUACUUGCUCGCCGACAUUUGGUGAAUGAAAAAAUAUCCGAUGACUCGGACAUUUCGCCGAAACGAUUGACUAUGAUGGCAUUGGAUGUGGCAAAAGCGUUGAGUUAUUUGUCCGAGAUGAAAUAUGUGCAUCGGGACGUUGCCUGCAGAAAUUGCCUCGUGAAUGCGCAGCGUGUGGUGAAGUUGGGUGAUUUCGGAAUGGCGCGAUCAACAUCGGAGAAUGAUUACUAUCGUUUUAGCCGGAAGGGAAUGUUACCAGUUCGAUGGAUGGCACCGGAAUCUCUGAGCCUUGGCAAAUUCACGCCAGCGUCGGACAUUUGGUCGUUUGGCGUGUUAUUAUUUGAAAUAAUUACAUUUGGAUCGUUUCCAUUCCAAGGUAUGACCAACAAUCAGGUGCUUGAUCAUGUGAAAGAAGGCAAUACAUUGACAAUUCCGAAUGGAAUACGGCCACAGUUGGAAGGGCUCAUGAAAGCCUGUUGGAAUAUCUCGUACUUAAAACGGCCCACUGCCAUGGAAGUGUCCGAGUUCAUCACAAGCUAUCCAAAACUAGUGACUGCUUCACUCGAUGUACCUUUGGCAUCCGUACAAAUUCCCGAAACCGAUAGUGAUCAACUGCUGUUAUUACCUGGUCUCAAGAAGACAAAUAACGACGAAGAUGAUGAGCCAAACGAACAAACUAGUUUUACAACAAGCAAUCGCUUGAGAAUUCCCAAUGGGAUAACGCUGAGCGAAUUCAAUGCAGCCAACGAUGACUACACGAUCUCGUGUCCAGCUACUCCCAGCAUUACAUACAAUCCCGUUGAGCCACUUUUGUCAAUGUACGAAGAUGCCAGCAACGAUAGCCCCUUCCGAUAUGUUCCAAUGUACGGCGUCAGAAAUGGCAACCGCGCACUGGAAUUGAACGUGCAUGUGAUUUAAACCUAUUUACAGUACAUCUAAGAAUCUUAAGUUACCAAAUAUUCAUCUUGAUCGCCGAAUCUACAAUUAUACCAUAGAAUCAUUGUAAAAGACUAAAAACCAUUUCAUUUGACGCACAUAUUGUUUAAACAACAUUUUUACAAUAGUAUUUACCAUUAUUUUCUUUUUGUAAGCAUUUAAUAGGCACACUUUGAUAAUUUCUUUAUUGAUAAAGAAACCAAAAACAUUGAGAAAAAAAAACCAAAAAAAAGUCCAAAAACAAUUUCAUUUGACAUGAAAGAAUAAAUCGAUUAAUUUAUUUUUGUUUAUUUAUUAAAUAAUCAAAAGGAGAUUCGUUCAAUAUAUAUUUUUUUAUAUAUAUAUAUAGGUAUGAAAAGCAUACAAUUUUAAGUAUUUCGAAUAGACGGAAUAAAUGGUUAAUAAGUUUUCUUUUUGUACAAUUCUUCUAACAAGCGUUUGAGUCGGAAAAUAUUUUUUUUUUCUGAAAUACAUGCAGCGAAAUUGUUAAGAGAUA